CGAUAAAGUAGAUCAACAGAUCCACCUAGAAACGAAGCAGACUGCGCAUCUGUGGAAGGCAUAGUUCGUGAGCAACCCUGCCCAGACCAUCCCCUAAAACGGUGUUCCUCGUGUCGCACCCUAAUCAUCAAGUUCGAGCAUCACCCAUUGCUUCGACCGAACACGAACAUCUCGUAAACGAUUAGAAGAAAGAUUGCACGAAUAAGGGACAUACUUUGUGAAGAAUAAAUAAGGUCGAGUGAAAGGGUUGUUAAUUAAUAAGACGAUCAUGGAACAGGGUGUGUAUCGAUGGAUCGGGCGGCAAGAAAGGAAAUGCAUUUACUGGCGAGCGUCUGCGUGCUCAUAUUGAUCUGUGGCGGUGGCUGUGGAGUGUCUACGGGUGGGACACCUGAAGAAACCUGUCAAAAAUGCAUCUUUGUUUGCGACUCACGCGUUACAUCCUAAUCUCCGCGGUAUUUUGUAUCGGUCUCUGUUCCGAGGAUGAGGAGAGGUUGGUGCGAGAUCUGUUCAGAGGGUACAAUAAACUCAUCAGACCUGUGCAGAAUAUGACGGAGAAGGUGCACGUGAAUUUUGGACUCGCUUUUGUCCAGCUAAUCAACGUGAAUGAAAAGAAUCAGAUUAUGAAGUCGAACGUGUGGCUGAGAUUCACCUGGACGGAUUAUCAAUUGCAAUGGGACGAAGCAGACUAUGGAGGAAUAGGAGUCCUUAGGUUACCACCGGAUAAAGUAUGGAAACCGGAUAUAGUACUGUUUAACAACGCUGACGGCAAUUACGAGGUACGGUACAAGAGCAACGUCCUGAUCUAUCCACACGGCGAAGUGCUUUGGGUGCCUCCAGCAAUCUACCAGAGUUCCUGUACCAUCGACGUGACGUACUUCCCCUUCGACCAACAGACCUGCAUCAUGAAGUUCGGAUCGUGGACAUUCAACGGGGACCAAGUAUCUCUGGCUCUGUACAACAACAAGAAUUUCGUCGACCUGUCAGAUUAUUGGAAAAGUGGCACCUGGGACAUCAUUAACGUCCCGGCAUACUUGAACAUCUACAAAGGUGAAUUCCCAACGGAAACUGACAUCACCUUCUACAUCAUCAUCAGACGCAAGACACUGUUCUACACGGUGAAUCUGAUCCUUCCCACGGUUCUAAUCUCGUUCCUCUGCGUGCUGGUCUUUUAUCUUCCCGCGGAGGCUGGCGAGAAAGUGACCCUUGGUAUCAGCAUUCUUCUGUCGCUGGUUGUCUUCCUGUUGCUCGUCAGCAAGAUUUUACCACCCACAUCUCUGGUACUUCCGUUGAUCGCUAAGUAUCUCCUGUUCACCUUCAUCAUGAACACUGUCAGCAUCCUGGUGACCGUGAUCAUCAUCAACUGGAACUUCCGUGGUCCUAGAACACACAGAAUGCCACAAUUGAUUAGAAAGAUAUUCCUCAAGUGUCUGCCGACUAUACUGCUGAUGAGAAGACCGAAGAAGACCCGUCUCAGGUGGAUGAUGGAAAUUCCAAACGUCACAUUGCCGACUUCUACAUAUUCUGGCAGCCCCACAGAGCUACCUAAACAUCUGCCAACAUCGUUGACCAAGCCGAAGAUGGAGAUGAUGGAAUUGUCCGAUCUUCAUCAUCCGAAUUGUAACAUCAGUAGAAAGGUUCAUCAUACCACCAGUGGGUCUAGUGCAGCUGGUGGUGAAGGUUUGACUGACAGAAGAGGAUCUGAGAGCUCGGACUCUGUACUACUUAGCCCUGAGGCUAGCAAGGCUACCGAGGCUGUUGAAUUCAUUGCUGAACAUUUGAGAAACGAGGAUUUGUACAUACAGACAAGAGAGGAUUGGAAAUACGUAGCGAUGGUAAUCGAUCGACUGCAGCUUUACAUUUUCUUCAUCGUGACAACUGCGGGUACCAUCGGGAUCCUGAUGGACGCGCCUCAUAUUUUCGAGUACGUGGACCAGGAUCGUAUAAUAGAGAUCUAUCGUGGCAAAUAAUUCCAUCACAAUCGUCGCCAUAAUUUACGUUCGAUUUAAUUCUAUCAUUUUUAUAACAAUCAAACGCUUAACGCAACAUCAAUUUAAAAACAUUGAAUUUCUUAAACGUUACUUCACAUUAAGAAUUAUUCAUUUGUGGACAAUCGUUUAUUCAAAAACUUCCAGAAAACAUUUAAAUAAGUCUUUUAUGAUAGCUUAAUAUUAUUCAUUCGUUUCUUCCAAUUAAAAUAAUAUUUCCUUUCAUUUUCUUUUACCAAACAGAGAAGAGCCAUGAAUUAAUCAUGAAAGUCAAAAAAACGCUCAGAAUUCCAUCGAUAUUUUAUAAGAACCAAUCUUUCUAUCGAUGAAAGAUUAUCAACGAUAAAAAAAUAGACAAAUCGUGUUCACGAAUUUGCCAAGGAACGAAGUUCAAUGCGUCAGAGCGUAUUAAUUAGACUAAUUAAAUUGAACGUUAGAACAUUAUUAAUUUAUUAAAUUCCAAUUUCUACUAUAUUAUAUUAUAUCACGUAAUGUUCAGUAAUUUUUGAGAAAAAAAAAUGUUGUCGACGAAAAGCGACAGGCAUGGGUUCCCAAAUAUUUUAAUUAUUGUUAGAAUUAAUCAUUGAUUGUCUUCCUUGGAAAUCUUCAUCACGAGCAUGCUGAAGUGAGUGCGGAUUAAAGUCAACGUUAAAAAUGAUUUAACGUUUCAUUGAUAUUGGUCAUUCUUAGAUUGAGCAAUCGUUUAAUCGGGAUUAAGGAUAAACAUAGAGCGUUAGACAUCAAAUGAUUUUGAUAUCAAUACCGUUGCCGUUCUAUUAUAACCUGGCAGGACUCGUGUAUGAUAACUUAUCGCGAUGCAACAUCGAAGGGUCGUGAUUGGAUUUUUCUACCCCAUCUCGAUCAUCUAUCCUCGGUUAGUUUGGGAAAAAUUAGAACAAUUUAAUUCUAAUUAAUUUAACCAUAUUUAACGCUAUCCGACUCGAUUGUCUUCUAAGCACAAACCUAAUUAAAUUCAAUUACAGCUAAAAAUUUAUAAAUCAAUUUAAGAAAGACUUGCAUACGUUUUUCAUUUGUAAAUUGAAAAUUGGAUAAAAUAUUUUUGGUCAUCUAAUUUUUUCCAAAUUUCUCGGUUCCUCAAACUUGAAGAGGAAUUCCAAACAGAAUCGUGAAACCUGCUAACGACACUGCAGAAGCGCACAUUAGAAGCACAAUGUCACGGCCCUGCGUACUUAAUCGUUAUACAUUAUAUAGGAAAAAAAAAGAUAAGGAACUGUGUAUCGUGCGUCUUACACACACACACACACAUACACGAACAUACACACAUAUACACACACACAAAGUAAAUAUGAUAUUCACGCAACAUGUAUAUUGUACAGAUGAUUGUUGAAACGGUCAUGUUUUCUCUAAUAGAAAGUUUGCUCCAUUUGCGAAGAAUAUUUAAUGGUUGUCGAAAAAAAAAAAAUAAUAAUAAUAAUAACGAACGUUGAUUUUUCUCAUGAGUAUUGCCUACAGUUGUGCCUCGCGAUAUCAGCCCGAUUGUUACAUGUGAUGUUAAUGUAUGUUAUAACACGUAUACGAGCCACGAUUUUAUUUCGCGAAACUGCAAAAGCGCAGCAAACACUCAAAAGUCACGCUCAACAUCGAUUUUCUUUUCUGAAAUUGAUAUCUCAUUUUAUAUCUAUACAUUGCAUUGCACUAGAAGAGAUACUUUAAUCAUUUGCGAUUAUGUUGAUUAGACAAUUAAUUAGCAAUUUGUAUAAAAAUUUUAAAGACUAUGAAUGGUAACUUUGCUUUUGAAAUUAUUAUAAUUAAAAAUAAUUUCAAUUACUUAAUUAAAAAUAAUUUGAAUCAGUAGAAUACACUUGUGAUACAAAAUCGCAAAUGAUUAAAAUAAUAAUUGCAUGUCAUUUUGAUAAUUUUAUACUUAACGAUGAAGAUGUAAAAACCUGAAUUUCAAACACUCUGAAUCUCUACUAAUGUACGAAACGUGUUUGACGGAAAGGUUCAGGUGAAACACAAAGCACGAACUAUAUAAAAAAUGAACUAAAAAAGAAACGAAAAAUUCAUCGUUAAACGCGAUUUGUUGUCCUCGAUGCUUGUAUGGAAAAUUGAUGUGCAUGAGUAUCGCUCGUGGGUUCGAAUUAAGACAGAGUGACACGUGUCUUCCUUGAACGAGAUACAAUAACUAGAAUUUAGUCCCCGAGAAUGAUGUAAUUAGAUGAUGCUUAUUAAUUUCUAUACAUUUUACUUCCAUAUAUUUUAUAGCGUUGUUCACUCGUGAAUGUGAGAAGGGAAUGCCUGUGUAUGAGAAUCACAAUGAGACGAUUUUAAAAUGCCAUUUUAUGCGCCACGUGCAAUUGAGGAUGUCAGUUCGAUAAUUAUCAUUUUUUCUUUUAAUUAACACGUUGACUACCAUAAGUGGGUGACACUUGAAUUUCCAUAGGUAAUCCAUCGCCUAUAUUAUUAAAAUCCUUUGACUCAUCAAAUUAGAGAUAAUCAUAUUAGAUAAUUGAAAAUAAAAUAGAUAAAAAUAUUAAUUAAUACAAUUUUCAUUAGCUUCAGAGUGGCAGUGAACGUGUUAAAGAACGUUUGCUCAAAUUCUCCAUAUUGCAGGGUAUUUUGAAAAAAAAAAAAAAAUGAAUCAAAAUUUCUU